AUGUCGAAACAACAAAACGGCGCCUCCCGUGCUACAUCAGUCACUCCCGCUCCUGGUACACCCACUCCUGCUUCAGGGCCCACAUCUUCGCUGCACCCUGUAGUCGGCAUCAACUUCGGAAAUUCGUAUGCGUCAAUCGCCGUUUUCACCAAGGAGGGUCUGGCGGAAUCGAUCGCGAAUGAAGAUGGAGAGCGACAAAUCGCUUGUGCCAUCUCCUUCCAUGGCGAGGAAUUGUAUAUCGGAAACCAAGCCAAACAGCAGCUCGUGAAAAACGCAAAGAACUCUAUCGUUGGGUUCAGAAAUCUUCUGGGCAAAAAAUUCUCUGAAAUUCCAGGGUCAGAACACCCCACUCUUUCUGCGCCCAUCAUUCAACACCCCGACUUGGCCGAUACCAUUGCCUACAAAGUUGAGGUCCUCCAACCAGCCCCUUCUCCCUUGCCCACUUCCGCGAUUACAACUCCCGCUGCGUCACACGCUCCCACUCCUCGUUCUGAACCCACCCCCACUUCCCGCAUCCUCACUGUUCACGAUGUUACCGUCAUCUUCCUGCGCUCUCUGCUAAAAUCUGCCGAAGAUUUCCUCGGCAAGCCCAUCACAGGUGCCGUCAUCAGCGUACCCGAAGCUGAGACCUUCAACGACAAACAGCGAGAAGCGCUUAAGGAAGCGGCUAAGGAGGCCGGCCUUAAUGUACUGCAGCUUUUGGACGAGGCUGCUGCUGUGGUUUCACUCACUACCACUUCAUUGUGGAGCAGCGAGGAAGAUCAGGAGGAAGGUGGCCAACCAUUAAACAAAGACAGGACCCAGCUCGUCGUCGACCUCGGUUCAUCCGCACUUUCGCUUCACCUUGUGUCUGUGCGUGAAGGACUAAGCUAUGUUCUUUCCUCCUCCUUCACCCCUAAUGUCGGAGGCGACAAGAUCGACGACAAGCUCAUCACUUUCUUCGCCGCCGAUUUCACCAAAAAGACCAAGGUUCCUCUCAAGGUGUGCCCCGCCCCCGCUGAUGCCGUUGCCGACCAACGCGCGGAGGCCAAGCUGCGCCUCGCUAUCGAACACACCAAACGCACCAUCAGUGCCUCACCUGGUGCGGCUACCUGCAGUGUCGAGUCACUCAAGGAUGGCAUGGAUUACACCGGUAACAUCAACCGUAUGCGUUUCGAUAUGCUCGCGUCGCCCAUCUACGCCGCCGUCGCAGACGCGAUCACUGCUCUUCUCUCGCGCGCCGCGUUUGAUGCGCAUGAUGUCGAUGAGGUUGUGUACGUUGGUGGUACCGGAUGUCUUCCUGGUCUCGAUAACAGGAUCUGCCUGCAGGCCGGAUUCAGGGAAGAUGUUCAAACGCCGUUUGCGCGUGGCAUCGUUGUCGGUGGAGGCGUCGGAGACCCAACUACCAUCAUCGCCCGUGGAUGCGCAUACCAAGCUGCGCUCCUCGAUACCCUCACCAACUCGGAAUCGCAGGAAGACAAGGAGAUCCUUGCUGCCUUCGAAGCUGGCUCCGAGGCUAACCAGGUGAAAGCGACGACUAAGACGAUUGGUGUUCUUUUCCCCAAUGACCUCGAAGAGAACAAGGAGGUCGGCGGUACCUGGAUCCCCGUUGUUCAGCGCGAAACCGCGUUGCCUGUGCGCCGCAUUGUGUCGCUUGAUGUUGAAGUUGAAGAAGAGAGCAAACGCGUUGCGUUCGAGGUGUGGGAGGUUGUUGAGGGCAUCCGCGUUGAGAAGGUCACUCCUCCUAAAUCCCAAGACGAUGAGGAGGAGGAAGAGGAAGAAGAAGAGGAGGAGGAAAUUGAGGUUAAGCACCGCACAGUCACCAAACACGCGCUGCUCGCUGCAUUUGAUGGGAAAGCUAAACUCGCUGUGCAAACGAAAGGCAAGGGACCUCAGAAGGGCAAAUGGUUCACGCGCGUCGAGAUCCAGUUCGUUGUUGGAAUCGAUGGAGAUCUGAACGUCGAGCUGAAGGAGAUUGGAGGAGAGGAAGGACUGGUCCAGAGGAUUCACGUCGCUGCGUAA